AUGUCUCGACGCGAUACCCGUGGAGAUGAGAAACUCAAAUUUGAUGUCGCUGCACCGACGGGGUGGUCUUUCACCCCCGGCGACACCAUCAUCGGCAAUCUCGUGCGCCGCGCACAUAUUGUUACCUCUGAAGCUACAGUGACACUUACGCUGUCGGGUCGCAUACACAGCCAACUGACACCCCGGGAUAAAGAGAAACAGGUGUCGGAUGACUGGUACCUACUUAAUCCACGGGAGGAAGUGUUAUUCCGCGGACCUUUGCAUCUGCCGGAGGGAAGCAACGAAUCACUCAGCUGGCCUUUCUCGCUGCAAAUCCCUACCAAGCCAGUUGAUAUGCUGGGGAAAAAGCGUGCACAAGCUGGUAGUUUUCUCGCGCUCGAUGGAGACCAGACCACUCAUCAUCUACUGCCAGGAACUUUCACCACAUUAGGCAGCGACUCCAGCCUCGCGUCCGAGUGUUUUAUCGAGUAUUAUCUGAGCGCCAAAUUAAAGUAUAACUUUGGAUCGUCUCAAGUUUGUUCUGCUACUUGGAAGGUGGACAUCAGGCAUCCGGUCGAGGUAGUCGAGAAGAGCCAGCUCGAGCAGGUCACUCACUUAUCCAUCGAGGGUAAAGUUCAAAGCCAGCGGCUACUACUCGCCAUGAGCGAUGCAAAGUUAUCCCUAAAGCAAAAAGCACAGAAGCUUUUCGGAUCGUCCAAAGUCCCCAAGUUUUACUACCAGGUCGACCUCACAUCCCCUCGCAUUCUGAAACUCGGUGACGCCCAUAAUCUUCCUCUCGUGCUACACAUCGCGCCUCUCGCGGAUAAGACUAGUGACUCACUCAAGGAUACCGUACAGGAAGCUCAGAUCAACUGGAUCAAAUUGUCCCUGGUCAGCUACACGCACAUUAUCGUCACAGAUUGCCCUCCCUUUGGAACUGUUCACAGGGAUAGGCAUCGGUUCUCACUUAACCUCCAUCUCGAAAAGGCGUUUGAUAGUCUGGAAUCUCCAUUGAUAUUGCCUCUGGGACACCAAAACGCAUCGAUCAAUAUCGGGAACAUGUUCCGGCUUGUUCUACACUCAACCGGCCUGACUUCUUCCGGUUUGCGUCUCCAUUAUCUGGCACCCAUCUAUCCCGACUUUGUCACAUAUAACAUCAAGCACACUCAUGCUAUAGACUGGAAGAUCUCGAUCACAAUUGCUGGAGAGACCCAGGUAUUUAACAAGAGUGUGCCUUUAAAGGUGCUCAAAGAAACAAAAAUAUGUGAAUAUCCUGCUUGA